CGCUGGCGGCGACAGGCGGUUGGAGGAGGCCGGCGGCCCGCGGCUGAUGGCUGCGCCGGUGCUGGGCGCCUUGCUGGGGGCGCUGUUGGCGCUGCUGGGCGGCCUCUACCUGGGCAGGUGCCUUCUUUACAUCCUGGUCACCAACUGGUGCCGCCGGCGGCUCCAGGCAGAAUUGAAGAUCGGCUCUUUUGGUUUUUUCCGGAUCCAUAAUCUCAGCCUGAAGUUCCAGGAAGAGGAGCAGACAGUGGAAAUUGACAGUAUCUGGGUCUCCAGUAAGCUGUGGAACCAGGAUGUGCCGCGCUACCUGGCAUUGUGCUUUGGAGAAGUGUGCGUUCGCAUGGACCUCCAAAAGGCGCCUGGGCUUCAGCCACCCGCGCUCAAGGUGCCGGCACAGGAAGAUGCUGAGCAGAGCAAGGUGCUGUCCCUCGGGCCCUCUCUGCUGCGGCUGCUUAAUCAGCUUUUCUCAGUUCACGUGCAGUCCGUUAACAUCAUGGUCCUGCACGUGGCGGCAUCGGAGUCUCUCUGGCACGUCCAGAUCACAAGAACCUGCCUCCUCCUGGGCUGCGAUGGUCGACGUGUGGCCUGCGAGGUGACCUUCAGUCAAGUGAACAGCAAAGUGCUCAAGAGCAGCCAGCAGGAUGAUGCUUGCCUGGCAGAGCUGUCCUUGGCACUCACCGUCUCCCUGGAUAUCUGCAUGAGCAAAAGGCAGCUGCAGGGCGUGGCCGUCGGGGUCUGGGGCACCCAUGCCGAGCUGCACGAGGGGCUGUUCCUCAGCGAGCUGCUCUGGAGAGUGGGAGGCAGCCCCGGAGAGGCCGCAGAGCCAGUUUGGUGUAAUCCCUUGGAAGAUCAAGAGCCGCAGCCGUCACUGAUGAGUGCGGCCAGCCUGCAGUGCGUGCCCUCCGGGGUAAGGGUGGACCUGGAGAACACCAGCGUGGUUCUCUCCAUGAACAGCCAAAAGAGGCAUCUCACCUGGACCUUAAAACGGCUGCAGUUCGCGUCUCAGUGUGACAGGGAACAGAUGCCCCUCCGCAGUUUCACGCCCACCUGUGAUUUGCCCCAGAUGAGCGUGGAGGUUGUGCUGGAAGAUGGGCUGCUUCUCUCUCAAAGCCGCCAGCGGAUUGUGUGUCUCAGUAUGCUUCAAGCAAGCUUGCAGGUUAUGGCCAUAGACAUCUCUGUGGCCGUGACCCUCAGCACGUGCAUCGUCCACUACCGCCACCAGGAGUUUUCGCACUGGCUGGGCAUGCUCGCUUUAGCCCAGCAGCAAGCCUGGUUGCCAGCCCCGGCCAGCGGUGGCAGCAUCAGGCGGAUGCCCCAGAUCCUGGCCACCAUCAUCCUCAGUGCCUCAGUCUCCAACGUCAACCUGUCCGUGCAGCUGGGAGACAUGCUCCCCUUCGCCUUAGGCUUCCACUCUGUUUCUGUAGAUUACCAGCACCUGCGCCCUGAGAGUGUGCACCAGCGAGCCGCGCUGGUGGUCGACCAUUUCUGCUGGCGCGUGGGGGCCGACUCGCACAUCCAGCGGGCCCCGCACCCCCCCAACAUGCACGUGUGGGGGGAGGCCCUCAUCCUCGACUCCUUCAGCGUGCAAGGCAGCUACAACCAACCCCUGGGCACCUCCGCUGCCCACGCGGACACCCUCUUCUUGGACUGCACCCUUCGUGGCCUGCAGGUGGAGUGUUCAGACACCUGUUCCGAGUGCCUCUCCAGAGUCCUGUCACUGCUGCAUCCCAGGAAUGCGGAGACCAAGGAGUCCCUGGAGUCCCUGCAACUGUCCCUGGUGGAGGAUCUGGGCAUCCUCUGGAAGGUCGAUCUGAAAGUGGAGGAUGUUAAUUUAUUCACCUUGUCCUCCCUGGCUGGGGCUGCAGAGGUGCGAGUGGAUACCCUGACAGUGCUGGGCAGUGCCGAGAGCUGUACCAUCAGCGUCCAGGGGGUGGGGCUUGCCCUGCUGAAGAGCGUCACGGAAAAGAUGCAGCCCUGCUGCAAAGCCCCGGCUAUCCCUAGCCCCGUGGCCAGCCUCUCUGCGUUGUCCCUCACCUUUCGCAGCAGCAUUUGUUUCCUGGAGGUGCAGAGUGGAGAAAGCCUGAGCAUCCAGUGGAGCCCCCCGGACCACAUGUACCUGUUCCAGCACUUCCUGGCUACCUUGCAGUGUUACAAGAUGCUGCAGGGCACUCUCUCACUGCCAUCCUCGCAUACCCCAGCCCUGCAGGGCCCCGAUGACGCAGAUGAGGCCUCCGUAACUGAGUGCUUUCCCCCCAAGCGGCUCCUUGGCUUCACGCUGGAGCUGAGCUCCCUCAAGGUGACGGCCUUUGUCUCGGAGACCCGCUACCUGAGCCUGGUGGCUGAACGGGUCCAAGUGAACCGGCACGGCACCUCCCUUCACGCCUACUGCCCCGGCCUGGCUGCAGGCUUUGACGGCAACGGCAUUUUUGCCUUCAAGGAGGUGGAAGUGCAGGCCCUGCCCGAGCUGGAAGAGAUGAUCUUGCACCGCGGGCCUUUUCCCGCCUUGACCUCCUUGCGGAACCGCGCCUGGGUCCUCUCGUGCGCCAGCGUGGCUGUGGAGUUCCCCUACCAAUACGACUUCUCCGCCACGCUGGACGAAGCGCUGGGCGUGCAGAAGUGGCUGAAAGGCCUCCACUACACCGAUCGGCACCCCGACCACGAGCCAGCCCUCCCGCCGGACCUCCUCCUGAAGGUCCAGCAGUUCUCCUGGGUCUUCCUGGACGACGUCUUCGAGGUGAAGCUGCGGGACAACUAUGAGCUGAUGAAGGACGAGAGCAAGGAGAGCGCCAAGCGCCUGGGCCUGCUGGACGCCAAGGUGGCCGCCCUGCGCAAGCAGCACGGCGAGCUGCUGCCGGCCCGCAAGAUCGAGGAGCUAUAUGCCUCACUGGAGAAGAAGAACAUUGAGAUCUACAUCCAGCGCUCCCACCGCCUCUACAGCAACACGCCCAUGCGCAAGGCCCUGCUCACCUGGACCUUAUCCGACCUGGAGCUGGUGGCCCUGGCCGACGAGUCCUUCCACGGCGCUGAGCGUGUCCUCCAGCAGGUCCAGGAGCUGGAUAGCGUCAGCCCCUUCCCACCUGAAGGCCUGGAGCUUGUUACCCACUGGUGCCGCAUGGUCAAAGGCAGCGUCAAGACCUUCCUCGUGCGUAUACGGGAUUACCCUCGCUACUUGUUUGAGAUCCGAGACUGGAGGCUCUCCGGCCGACUGGCCGGAGCCGAGCAACGGGGUCCGCCUUGUUCUCGCCGGCGGCAGGUCCUGCAGCUUGGGGCCCCCUGGGGAGAUGUGACCGUGGAGAGGAACAUGCCUCCCUUGAAGUUCUACCACGACUUCCACUCGGAAGUUUUCCAGUACACUAUCGUGUGGGGGCCGUGCUGGGACCCGGCCUGGACGCUCAUUGGGCAAGCCGUCGACCUGCUGACCAAGCCCUCGGAGGAUCCCAGCCCUCCACUGCCCUGGUGGGACAAGAGCCGCCUGCUUUUCCACGGCAACUGGCACAUGGAGAUCGAGCAGGCAAACCUGCACCAGGUGGCCACAGAGGACCCUUACAACACCACGGAGAACAUGCACUGGGAGUGGAGCCGUCUGUCCUUCCACUGGCAGCCGGGCCAGUUUGUCUUCAAGGGAGACAUGGAUGUCAACGUCCGCACAGCCUCCAAGUAUGACGAUUGCUGCUUCCUCCAUUUGCCCCAGCUGUGCAUGACGCUGGAUCUGACGUGGCUGUGCCACGGGAACCCCCACGACCACCACGGCGUGGUGCUGCGCUCCCCGGAGUUCCUGCCCGAGGUGCCCGUGGGCCAGCAGCACGACUCCUAUCGGGCUUUCCGCUCCGAAAACCUCAACCUCUCCAUCCGCAUGGACCUGACACGGCACAGCGGGGAGCCCUCCCAGCCUCGCAUCCUGCUCUACAGCAGCACCCUCCGCUGGAUGCAGAACUUCUGGGCCAUCUGGACCAGCGUCACCCGGCCCAUCUGCCGCGGGAAGCUCUUCGGCAGCAUGAAGCCCAGCAAAAAGAAGCUGGGGCAGCACUACCGCCAGCUCUCCUUCACGGCCCUCUUCCCCAAGCUCCAGGUGCAUUACUGGGCCUCCUUCGCCCAGCAGCGUGGCAUCCAACUGGAAUGCGCCCAAGGGCACAUCUUCACUCGUGGCACCCAGCGGCUCAUCCCCCAGGCUGGCACAGUGAUGCGGCGCCUGAUCUCCGAGUGGAGCAUCACACAGAUGGUGAGCGACCUGAGCCUAGUCACAGUGCACCUCAUGGCCUCCACCUGUGACGAGAACGCAGACCACCGCCUCGACCUGCUGGUGAAGAAGACCCACCUGCUGAGCCUCUCAUCCCUCACCUACCAGCGCCACAGCGCCCGCACGGCAGAGGAGGUACUUCUUUCCCGUGAUGGCGACGAUGCCUUUCACACUCACCAGCUGCAGCUGGUGGACCUGCGGGCCUCCUGGACCACCACCAACCGAGACAUCGCCUUUGGCCUCUACGACGGCUACAAGAAGGCCGCGGUGCUCAAGCGCAACCUUUCCACGGAGGCCAUGAAAGGCCUGAAGAUUGACACCCAGCUGCCUGCCAAGAAGUUCAAGCGGGGGCCGCCCCCCAGCCCCCAGCCUCCGCUGCGAGCCAGCAGCAACCGGACAGAGCGAAGUCCCUCUGGAGGCGCCUACAUGCUCCAGAAGCUCAUCGAGGAGACGGACAAGUUUGUGGUCUUCACAGAGGAGGAGUCGGGGGUGAGCGAGCAGCUCUGUGGGAUCGCCGCCUGCCAGACGGAUGACAUCUUCAACCGUAACAGCCUGAUUGAGCUCAUCAACUGCCAGAUGGUCCUUCGCGGAGCAGAAACAGAAGGCUGCGUGAUCGUCUCGGCAUCCAAGGCCCAGCUGCUCCAGUGCCAGCACCACCCAGCCUGGUACGGGGACACACUCAAGCAGAAGACCUCGUGGACAUGUCUGCUGGAUGGGAUGCAAUACUUUGCCACCACUGAAAGCAGCCCCUCGGAGCACGAGGAUAUGCAGCUCUGGCUGGAGGUCAAGAACAUUGAGGAGCAUCGACAGCGAAGCCUGGACUCUGUGCAGGAGCUGAUGGAGAGUGGGCAAGCGGUGGGCGGGAUGGUGAGCACCACCACAGACUGGAACCAGCCCCACGAGGUCCAGCCGACACAGCAAGUCCAGCGGAUCAUCUCACGGUGCAGCUGCCGGAUGUACUACAUCAGCUACAGCCACGACAUCAACCCGGAGCUGGCUGCCCAGAUCAAGCCCCCCCAGCUGCCCGCCAACCCAGACAAGGACGACCUGCUGAAGAAGCAAGAGGGGGCCGCGGACACCUUCACGCUCAUCCAUCAUGACCUGGAAAUCUCCACCAACCCCGCGCAGUAUGCCAUGAUCCUCGAUAUUGUCAACAACCUGCUCUUGCACGUGGAGCCCAAGCGAAAGGAGCACAGUGAGAAGAAGCAGCGCGUUCGCUUCCAACUGGAGAUCUCCAGCAACCCCGAGGAGCAGCGCAGCAGUAUCCUGCACCUCCAGGAGGCCGUCCGCCAGCACGUGGCUCACAUCCGGCACCUGGAGAAGCAGAUGUACUCCAACAUGAAGUCCCUGCAGGGCGACAGCAGGAAUGAGGCUCUGCUGGAGGCCAAUCAGCAGUUGCAGCAGCAGUUGAGCAGGGAAAAGGCCGAGCUGCAGCGUGAGAGCGAGGAGCUGAACAUCCUCAUCAGGUGCUUUAAAGACUUCCAGCUUCAACGUGCCAACAAGAUGGAACUGCGCAAGCAGCCCGAGGACGUCAGCGUGGCCCGACGCACCGAGUUCUACUUUGCCCAGGCCCGCUGGCGCCUCACCGAAGAGGACGGGCAGCUGGGCAUCGCCGAGCUGGAGCUCCAGCGCUUCCUCUACAGCAAGGUGAACAAAUCGGAUGACACCGCCGAGCACCUCCUGGAACUGGGCUGGUUCACCAUGAACAAUCUCCUGCCCAAUGCGGUUUACAAGGUGGUGCUGCGGCCCCAGAGCGCGUGCCAGUCCGGGCGCCAGCUGGCCUUGCGCAUCUUCAGUAAAGUCCGGCCUCCGGUGGGAGGCAUUUCCAUCAAAGAGCACUUUGAGGUGAACGUGGUGCCCCUCACCAUUCAGCUGACGCACCAGUUCUUCCAGCGGAUGAUGGGCUUCUUCUUCCCGGGGCGCAAUGUAGAAGAGGAGGAGGUGGGGGACGAGGAGGACAAGUCGAAGCUUGUGACAACAGGGAUGCCGGUGGUGAAGCCGCGGCAGCUGAUGGUCUCCGAAGACUCUCUGGGGCCGGGGAAAGGCAUGGCCCAGGGACUGAACCGAACAUCGGGGGUUAGGCGCUCGUUCCGCAAGACGCCCGAGCAUCCAGUGGAUGACAUUGACAAGAUGAAGGAACGAGCUGCUAUGAACAACUCCUUCAUCUACAUCAAGAUCCCCCAGGUGCCCCUGUGCGUCAGCUAUAAGGGGGAGAAGAACAGCGUGGACUGGGGGGACCUGAACUUGGUGCUGCCAUUCUUGGAGUAUCACAACAACACGUGGACCUGGCUGGACUUUGCCAUGGCAGUGAAGCGGGACAGUCGCAAGGCCUUGGUAGCACAGGUCAUCAAAGAGAAGCUGCGUCUCAAGCCGGCCGCUGGCUCAGAGUCCCGGGGGAAGCAGGAAGGCAAGCUGGAAGGCCACAUCCAGCAGCAGGAAGAAGACGAGAAGGCCCGGCUGCUGAUUGGCUUGAGCGUUGGCGAAAAGAAUCCCGGCAAGAAGUCCAUUUUCAGCAGGCACAAAUAAGACUGCGCACACAAGCCCCACCCCGGCUGGCCAGGGAAGGAGGGAGAGGCGGACGUGUCUAGUAAACUGACUGUGUUCCCCCCUGGGGCCAAACACUCAGCCACACGCAUCGCUUGGCCCAGCCCGGCCCCACUCUGAGCCUUGAAGGAAUAGCAGGCCUGUCUCUAGUGGCGGGCCUGGAGGCCGAAGCCACAUGUGCUGGGCAGGCAGACUGACCUGUUGGUGCUGCCGGAGCCUUCCCUCGACAGGCCGGGCCGGCGGGCAGCUCUAUGCAUUGUUGGUUGGGAAACGGGGA